UGGGUGGGGGGAGGGGGUCGGGGGACUUGAGAGCGACCUCCAUGGCGGAUCUUUAUUUUCGCUUGUAGGGUUUUGAGAUUCUUUUUAUUUUCCCCUCUGCUUAAGUGGAGGAUUGAAUUUUGAGGUUGAAAUUUUCUUAGUUCAAAUUUUUUCCUCCUUUUUGAAGUCUUCUGGGUGGAAUUUAAAUUGCAAAUUUCUCUGCUUGUUCCGUAUUCAGUCUAUUUGUUUUCUGGGUUGAGGGGCUUUUUCCUUGGCUAAUUGGUAUUGUAUUACUUCUAGAUUUUUCAACAGUAGGCAAUUUAUUUUUCAUUUAAUUUAAACUUUAGACGCUGGAGUUUAUUCAAAUGACGGGUUUCCGUAAAUCUUCUCAAGUUUUUAGUUUCCUCUUUGUUCCGAGGAAAAUCUUUUUUUUUCUUGUUUUUCUUGAUUUACCAUGGACUUGCAGUUUCAAUGACGAAACUCUGCUAGUUUUUAAUAAUCCAGCAUUUGGUUAUCAUUAGCCUUCAAGUAGGGGUAAAAAAGUGAUCUUUAUUUUAGACUCUUAAGGAUUUCCUGUGUAUAUGUAUGUCAUAGAGUGGCGUUUUAGGCUUUAGAUAUCAAGGUUGGAGUAGACAUGGAUUCUAAGAGGAGAAAGGAUUCGCCGGAGGAGGAGAAGAAGAGGCAGGUUUUACCAUUCCCCGAUGAGAUUUUGGAAUGUGUUCUUGGUUUUGUAAAGUCUCACAAGGACAGGAGCUCUGUUUCUCUGGUUUGCAAGGACUGGUACACUGCGGAGAGAUGGAGUCGCACACAUGUGUUCAUAGGGAACUGCUACUCUGUUUCUCCUGAAAUCCUUGUUCGGAGGUUUCCCAAUAUCCGGAGCGUUACCCUUAAAGGGAAGCCUCGGUUCUCAGAUUUCAACCUCGUUCCACCAAAUUGGGGAGCUGAUAUCCAUGCUUGGUUAGUGGUCUUCGCCUCAGCUUAUCCUUUUCUUGAGGAGCUGCGACUCAAGAGAAUGACGGUCACUGAUGAGAGUUUGGAAUUCCUCGCAAAGUCAUUUCCAAAUUUCAAAGCUCUCUCCCUUGUUAGUUGUGAUGGAUUCAGCACCGAUGGCUUUAAAGUCAUUGCAACACAUUGCAAGAACUUGACUGAGCUGGACAUAUCGGAGAACGGAAUUGAUGAUGCUGGUGGGAGCUGGUUAAGUUGUUUUCCUGAUAACUUCACAUCAUUAGAAGUACUGAAUUUUGCAAGCCUGAAUAGCAAAGUCAAUUUUGAUGCUCUGGAAAGACUAGUUGUCAGAUGCAAGUCACUCAAGGUUUUGAAAGUAAACAAGAAUGUGACCUUGGAGCAGUUACAGAGGUUGCUUGUGCAAUCUCCUCAAUUGACAGAGCUAGGGACAGGCUCCUUCUCGCAAGAACUCACACUUGAGCAGUAUUCAGAUCUGGAAAAUGCAUUUAGCAACUGCAAGACCUUGCACACUCUCUCUGGUUUAUCUGAAGCAACUUCCCUGAACCUCCACUUGAUAUGUCCUGCCUGUACUAAUCUGACUUUCUUGAAUCUAAGUGAUGCUGCAUUACAAGGUGCUGAAUUGGCUAAGCUCCUGCCUAAUUGUCCACUUAUUCGGCGCCUUUGGGUGAUGGAUACUGUAGAAGACAAAGGACUUGAGGCCGUAGGAUUCAGUUGUCCCUUGCUUGAGGAGCUCCGUGUCUACCCUGCAGAACCCUUCGAACUGGAUGCCAUCCUUGGUGGAGUGACAGAAUUGGGCUUUGUAGCUGUUUCUCGAGGUUGCCCCAAGCUUCAUUAUGUCCUCUAUUUUUGUAGGCGAAUGACCAAUGCAGCAGUGGCUACGGUCGUGAAGAACUGCCCUGAUUUUACCCACUUCCGUCUUUGCAUCAUGAAUCCAUGGGAGCCUGAUUACCUGACGAAAGAGCCCGUGGAUGAGGCAUUCGGUGCGGUGGUGAAAACAUGCCCCAAACUCCAGAGACUUGCAGUUUCGGGACUGCUGACUGACUUAACAUUUGAGUAUAUUGGGAAGUAUGCAAAGAAUCUGGAGACCCUGUCAGUGGCAUUUGCAGGCAGCAGUGACCGUGGUAUGCAAUAUGUACUGGGAGGAUGCCCAAAACUAAGGAAGCUUGAGAUUAGGGAUUGCCCAUUUGGGAAUGCAGCACUUCUAACAGGCCUGGAGAGGUACGAGUCGAUGAGGUCACUUUGGAUGUCAGCGUGCCAUGUGACGAUGAAUGGUUGUAGGCAGCUGGCGAGGGAGAUGCCUAGACUGAACGUGGAGGUGAUCAAGGAGGAUGGGAGUGAUGAGAACCAUGCUGACAAGGUUUAUGUCUAUCGCUCAGUUGCUGGGCCAAGAAGGGAUGCCCCGCCUUUCGUUCUCACCCUUUGAGAAUCAAGUAGAACCUAGGGUAUCGCAAAUGGUCAAUCUAGGUAACAAGACCGCCAUUCGAGGGGAGAGGACAAAGUGAGAUUGCAGAACGUCAAAUUUGUCUGUAUACUUUCUAACAGAACAGAGACAAGAAAGAAGAAGAAGAAGAAGAAGAAGAAGAAGAAGAGGGGGAAGUUCCGAGUUCGUGCCUGAAAACGGUGUUGUAUUGAGGAAGUAAGGAUGCGAUCUUCUUUAUUA